CUCGUCGAAGUAACUUGACAAUUGAUUAAAAUGAAGUGUAUUGUUUUAUUUUUCCUUAUCGUGGUUGCCGCUAUCAGCACAGAAGCGGUUACCUUCACGAAAUGCCAAUUAGUUCACGAAUUAAGAAAUCAUGGAUUCCCAGAGAACAAACUGAGAGACUGGGUGUGCUUGAUCCAAAAUGAGAGUGGUGGCACCACAAGUAAGGUGGGGAGAGUAAACAAGAACGGAUCCAGGGACUACGGUCUGUUCCAGAUCAACGAUAAAUACUGGUGCAGCAACACCAGCACUCCGGGCAAGGAUUGUAACGUCACCUGCGCACAGGUACUCACAGAUGACAUCUCGAAGGCGUCUGCCUGCGCUAAGAAGAUUUACAAACGUCACGGCUUCAAUGCCUGGUACGGCUGGAGGAAUCACUGCCAGGGAUCACUGCCUGACAUUAGCUCAUGUUAAUUAAAACGAAAAUAAAUAUCACCUUAAUAAACCAUACCAACCAUGAAUAUACUAUG